AUGACUACAGUAACUACUUCAAGAGGGAAGACAGAAGUGGUCAGUGCCAGAAGAACAGAAUCACAUGAUGUUUCAGAUAUUAUCAGCCUCUUCAACCGUUUUACUGAAGUCGUUUUUGGAAGGAUUGAUGUCACGUACCUUUUAGAAAAAUCAACUCUUGCUUUGACACUCUGCAAUGAGAAGAACGAGGCUAUAGCCCAUGCUGUCUUUCUGGACUAUCCAAAUUGGAAUAUCACUGACCAGUCUGAUUGGGAAUCGUUCUUACGUGAAAACUACAUUAACAAUAAAUGCACUCCUUUGAACACAUUGUUCCUGCACCUUUUUGUGGCAAAAGAAGAAUAUACAGCCGGAUGUUCCCAAGAAAUCGUUAGGAGAGCUUUUGUCACUGUACCAGAACUGCAGUUUAUACUUCUCUUCAUACCAGCUGAUGAGAAUUUAGAGCCAGACAUGGGAGAUGUCUUUGAAAAGAUGAUGACUGCUCCGGGUGCCGUGGUGGGUACAAACUUCACCUUGCUUGCGUGCCCCAGACACAGGUAUCACCCACAGCUGUAUAUUCGCAAGGCAAGGUUAGAAGAUUAUGAUGAUCUCAUGCCGAUCUGGACACGUCAGAGUGAGGCUCUGAAGCAAACCCAUAGCGAAUAUUUCCUUGCUGAUCUCAUAGAGUGUCAAGAUGAAGAAAAUCAGGCUGUUGUAUGUGAGGCUGGUGACACUGCAGUAGGAUUCAUGAGCUUAUGUUCUCAAGUAAAUGUUUCCUUGUUUCAAGAGUGCUUUGAUUUAGAGCCUUUCCAUGGACUCUGUAAGCCACAUCCUGAAGAUACUCUCAAAAUGCCACAGAAGCCAAGCGUGCAAGAAGGUGAAGAUAAAAGCAACCAACUAAGUCAAGAAGUAGAGUCUGUUUCAUCUCGACACUUUGAACAUGUUCAUGAUCAGGAUGCAGCUGUGCAGAAAGAUGGAGCCAUUACCAUCUCCCACCCUGAACUGCUGUUAGGUGAUGUGGGAGUCCAAGAUCUCAAAGCCUCAGAAGCACUUCUUGAGACUGAAGACCAAGGUGCUUUUCCUCAAGUGUACAGAGGAGCUUCAAAUGCUUUCUGUAUCCGUCUGUUUUGUAUUGAUGAGAAGUAUGAAACUAGAUCGCUGGAUUUUCUGAAUUAUGCUUUCAAGCUUUUUCCAGACAAAGACUUCUGUGUCACCCUUGUGCCACAUCAUGUACCCGAGUUCCACCUGAUCCGGAGUUUUGUUCGGGCUGUCCCUUUCUGUACUUCCAAACUUGGUCAGGAGCUUUACAUGUUCCACCGUGCAGGAUUGCUCAAGUCAUUUAAUGUAAGAAGGGCAACAACCAAUGACCUGCCUGGUGUCAAAAUGCUCGUUAGAACCCUGAGCUUGAACGAAAGUAUAUUGAAUGACUUAAAGAUAUUUACUCUGGCUCGCAGGGAUCCAGAUGGGAUCCCAGUGCAGGCUUUCGUAGCAGAAGUUUUGGAUCAAAUAGUUGGCGUUUCUGUCAUUAGAGAUGAAAUGGAUAUUGAGUAUAUUCGCUCACAUUACAACAUUGAAGAUUUUAUUCAUUUUGAUCACUACCAGCAAGAGGAACACGGACAUCUUUACCACUUUGUCUUAAAUCCAAUAUUUCAUCACUAUACAAAACAGUUUCUAAAGGAAAUUCUUCGCUUGGCCCAUAAAUCGUCUCUUUACUAUCCUAUUUAUCCACAGUAUGUGGAAGGCAAGGUAAGUGUCUUUCAGUUUCAGAAUCCCUGUGCCCAUUCCCUGACAUCUGCCCUUCAUUACAUGGUUCCCGUGCGACCAAGACGACAGAUUGUCUAUCCUCUGGAAGAGCUUGGCAUAAACGCUCCAUCAGAGCAGGUCUCCAAGGAUCAGCUGAGGUAUUCUUUGAACCACAUAAAUCGAAAGCUGGUACUGGAGUCUAAAGUGUCUAUCAACACUAGAAUCGUGGUGGUUGGAGCAUCUGAUGUUGGAAUCUCUUUUCUGGAAACGCUCGUUUUUUGCCCGCGCCUGAAGUUCAACAACCUGACCUUGAUUUCAAUUCGUGGCCUCCCAGGAAAAGACCUACUGGGCUCCAAACAUAGAAGAUUUUUAAUUAACAGCCACUGUUUUAAUGACGAAGAUUAUGCACAGAUGUCACUUUGUUCCUGGGUUAACGUCGUGGUUGGUAAAAUGACUGGCAUAAAUCGCGCUGCCAAAUACGUGGUUGUUUCCAAGGAGCAGACAAUACCGUAUGACUACCUUGUUCUGUGCACGGGGCAGAAGUACCAGGUCCUGGCUCCCACUGGAGCAGAUAUCAGUAAGCUCCCAACGAAUAGAGAAGUCACGAGUAAGUGGCCACAGAGGUACACAGGGCAAGUCCCUUCCAACCAUUUCACUCUCAAUGAUGAUGAGGACUGUUUAAAGGCAACGCACUGGCUGAAGGAAAACGUUGUCAACUCGGAAGGGAACGUCAUUGUCUAUGGGAACACAAUUGACAUUUACACCACGGUAGAAACCCUCUUAUCUCUUGGAAUUAGUGGUUCUCGCAUACAUCUGGUACAGCCUCCGCUCAGCUCCAACGUUACUUGCCUCAACAACAACGCGGUGGAAGGUGCCGUUGAGGAGGCGCUGUGGAGGGCUGGGGUGUCCGUUCAUCGUGACAGCAUCCUGGCACAGUGGGGCGGCGGCGACAGCCCGGCCCUCAUCACGUGUGCCACUUUCACCACUGACACCAAACCGUUUCGAUUGCAGUGCUCA